AUGGCCUCUCAGACUGCCAGGACGGCCUCUCAGAGUUUCCCGAAGACGUCUUCGAACCCUCUUGUGAGCAAAGAUGGUUCGUUCGAGAAGAUCCCCAUCAUUGAUUUGCAGAACGCUCGUAGCACAGACCCCGCGGUUCGACGUGCAUUAGCCGACGACAUACGGGACGCAUGCGUCAAUGUCGGGUUCUUGUAUGUAAAGAACCAUACCAUCCCUCAAUCGGCGGUCGACGGUGCUGUCAACGCAGCCAAGCAAUUUUUCCCCUUACCGCUCGAGACGAAGGCUGCUCUGGAUAUCCAUAAGACCGCAAAUUUUAAGGGAUACACAGCUCUCCUGGGAGAGAACACCAACCUGGAGAACCGCGGCGACCUGCAUGAAGGGUUCGACCUGGGCUGGGAGGAGAUGUCCGGAAGCGGCCGGCAAGACGAUGGCGUUAUGGCCGGGCAGAACGUGUGGCCGGACAACCUUCCUGGGUUCAGAGAGGCUUGUCUUGAGUACUACCAUGCUGCAGUCGAGUUGGGAAAACUACUCUUCCCCUUGUUUGCGCUCGCGCUUAAUCUUCCAGAGAACUUCUUCGAUGACAAGACAACAAAGCCUGCGGCUAUUAUGCGCCUCCUCUACUACCCACCCCAAACGGGUACCGUCGAUGAUCGUGUCGAGGGUAUUGGUGCACAUACGGAGCGAGACUCACGUCAUCUAAAGGACAAGGUGCAAGCUCUUCAAGUCUUGAACAAGGAUGGGAAAUGGAUCGAUGCUGUCCCUAUACCUGGAACGCUCGUCGUAAAUAUAGGCGAUCAGCUCGCUAGAUGGACAAACGAUGUCUUCAAAUCUACCGUGCACAGAGCGGUGAACCGCUCUGGCGUCGAGCGAUACUCCAUCCCUUUGUUCUUCGGUACGGACUAUAACGUGAAGUUAGAGCCGCUGCCCGGAUGUGUUUCAGAGGACAAUCCCGCCAAAUACGAGGUCGUGACUGCCGGAGAAUAUGUAAAAUCGCGUUUGGAGGCUACCUAUGCGCAUUCAAAGUGA